UGUCAUCGAACAAUUCGAGUCACCUCAAGAGGCGUAUAGAAGACGAUUGACCAGUCGUCAAGACCUCGGAUUCUUUCUUCCUCUCGUCAAUCGACGCUCCACACAACCCAUCGAGACCACGCGACGUAAUGGCAUCCGCACCCGAAGCCCCGACCGCCGCCAUCCCCGCCGAAGCUGUCGGCGACGCGCCCGCAGCCUCGGGAGGCCAGAAAGUCGACCCCUGGAACGUGUCUGGAGAAGUCGGCACAGAUGGCAAGGUCAAGGCCAUUGACUACAAGAAAAUCGUCGACGAGUUCGGAACAAAGCUGAUUGACGAUGCCCUCCUCGAGCGCUUCGAGCGGGUGACUGGCCACAGGCCUCACCACUUCCUCCGUCGCCAGAUUGUCUUCUCCCACCGCGACCUCGACCUCAUUCUCGAUCGGGUCGAGAAGAAGCAGCCUUUCUUCAUUUACACUGGCCGUGGACCGAGUUCCGACAGCAUGCACGUUGGACAUGCUAUCCCUUUCCAGUUGACGAAGUGGCUGUCAGACGUGCUUGAUGCACCCCUGGUGAUCAUGAUGACCGAUGACGAGAAGUUCCUCUUCUCCGAGAAGAGAACGGUCGAGGAGGUUCAGCACUACACAAGAGAAAACGCCAAGGACAUCAUUGCAAUUGGCUUCAACCCCGAGCGGACCUUCAUUUUCUCCGACUACGACUACAUGGGCGGCAACUUCUACAAGAACGUUACCCGUGUGGCCAAGAGAAUCACCCUCAACACAGCCAAGGCCGUCUUCGGCUUCGAUGACAGCUCCAACAUUGGCAAGGUUCACUUUGCUAGUAUCCAAGCCAGUUCCUCAUUUGGCAACUCAUUCCCCCACAUCUUUGGCGAGGACGAGGCGAAGACUUCUCAGAUUCCUUGCCUCAUUCCUUGUGCCAUUGACCAGGACCCCUACUUCCGCGUGACAAGAGACUGUGCCGCCGGCCUGCGCUAUGCCAAGCCCUCUCUCAUUCACUCCCGUUUCCUCGAUGCUCUUCAGGGCCCUGGCUCCAAGAUGUCGGCGUCAAUUGAUUCAAGUGCCAUCUUCUUGAACGACACACCCAAGCAGAUUCAAAACAAGAUGAACAAGUAUGCUUUCAGCGGUGGCAAGGUUACCGCCGAGGAGCAGCGUGCAGAGGGAGCCGACCCGGAUGUCGACGUCAGCUACCAAUACCUGCGCUUCUUCCUUGAGGACGACGAGGAGCUCGCCAAGAUCCGCGAGGACUACCGCACAGGAAAGAUGCUCACUGGCGAGAUCAAGAAGAGGUGCGCCGAGGAAUUGGCCAAGUACUGCACGGCCUUCCAGGAGAGGAGAGCCAAGGUGGAUGAGGAGACUGUUAACCUGUUCUUCUCCCGCCGGCCGUUAUCCUGGGGCCUCGCCGAGAACCUCAAGUCCGUUCCCAUCCGUGAAGCUACCACUGACGGCCCCGCCGAGGGUGCCGACGGCAAGAUGACGAAGAACCAGCUCAAGAAGCUAGAGAAGCAGCGCCAAAUUGACGAGAAGAAGGCCGCCAAGGCAAAGGAAAAGGAGGCCGCCAAGGCUUCUGCUUAGAAGACUUGAAGCGACGGAUAGGAACAAGAAUAUACCCAAGAUCUUUUGAUUGCAACGGAUGCUUGAUUUCUUGUUUGAAGUACUACAUCGAUCGGUCAAUUGACCGAGUUAGGUGA